AUGGCCGAUCAAAAUGCUUCAGGCAAAUCCAUCCUGUUCAUCAACGGCCCCAAUCUCAAUCUUCUCGGUACGCGCGAGCCACAUAUCUAUGGCUCCAUCACCCUCCCGCAGAUAGACGCCUCCAUCAAAGAGCACGGUACCAAGCUGGGCAUUAACAUCCUCACGUUUCAGUCCAAUCAUGAAGGUGGAAUUGUCGACCGUAUCCAGCAAGCUCGUGAAGAGGGGGUCGACGCUAUUGUCAUCAACCCUGGAGGCUACACGCAUACCUCAGUGGCAAUCCGUGAUGCACUGCUCGGUGUAAGCAUUCCCUUUAUUGAGUGCCACGUUUCCAAUGUGCAUUCCAGAGAGCCUUGGCGGCAUCACAGUUAUUUCCAUGAUAAGGCGACGGCGGUGAUUGCUGGGCUUGGAGCGUAUGGCUAUGUCGCGGCGCUGGAGUAUUGGGCGUGGAAGUUCGGUGAUGGGCCAAUGAAGGGCAUUUGA